AUGACGCUUUUGCAUGAAACAGUUAAUCACCCCCCGCAGAACAACGACAUUCGAGAAUAUCUAGGCUUGAAUCUCAAGAUGCUGUCGUUCAUCGGAUUGGAAUUUAACCUGAACAACGACCGGCCGAUCAAAAAGUCGAAGUUCAUGCAAAUCUUGCCGAUUUUCAUGACCAACGUAGUGUCGUUGACUAUAGCAGCUUUGGAAAUAACUUUCAUAGCAUUUGUUUUGAGAAACCACGAAGAACACUUGGCCGUUCAGAUUUGCAGUGAAUUGUUUUCAAAUAUACUCUGCAUCGGCAAGAGUUUACGUAUGGCGACUGCAGUAGCAAGUAUACAGACUGCCUUAGACGAAGUUUCAAUUCUUUGGGCAAAGCACAGGCCAAACCAACAUUGCAAGAUGGAAAUCAUGAAAAAAGCUCGCAACACCUUAAAUUUCAGCAGAUGGUACCUUGGAUUUAUAAUAACCGGAAUAGCCGGUUUUGCUUUGCCACCGAUCCACAAUUUCGUGUACCACUAUUUCAUUCGAGAUGCCAACAACUACACUCUGGCCUUUUCAAAAAGAAUUUUCCUCUUGAGAUACCCAUUUGAAAUAAAAAACGUGCCGCUUUUUUUCUUUGUUCUAACCGAAGAAGGCUAUAUACUUCUUAUAUCUGCGAUGCACUGGGUUACUUGCGAUACUCUAUUUGCUCAAAUAACGACUCACACCUCGAUACAGUUGAAGAUACUGCAUUAUGACAUAGGCGCCUUGAUUAACCAUGAAACCGUAGAACACCGUUUGAAAGCUAAGAUUUUGAUAAUCAUCAGAAGACACCAAUGCCUUCUAAGAGUUUGCAGACUCAUAGAAGACAUUUUCAGUCCAGUUAUAUUGACAACCGUACUGCUGUCAGCACUAAACAUUUGCGUGAACAUAUUUGAAACUAAAGCGAUGAAUGCAGAAGGAAAUUAUGCCAGAGCAGCUCUUCACGCCAAUCUGGUACUGGUUUUAUUUCUUCAGAUACUAUUUUAUUGCAGCUUUGCAGAAACGCUCACGAAUCAGACAAGUGCAAUCGCGGAAUCGGUCUACAACUGUAAAUGGACUGAAAAGAAUCAUAAGCUGGGAUUUUAUCUUCGAAUGAUUAUGAUGAAAUCGCAAAGUCCAUUCUACUGUACAGCAUAUGGCUUUUUUCCAAUAGGACAUGCAAGGAUGGCAUCAAUCAUAAGCACGUCUUUUUCAUACCUGAUGAUGCUGCAAAGCAUGAGUUAG